AUAUGUAAGCCAGCAAAUAAGUAGCAGUGAUUUGAACAAUGCUCUGUUUCUUUAUUGUCUUUUGUGACUUAGAUGAGUCCUACAUCUGAUGUUCAAAGAGGAAACCAGAGCAGCAUCCAUGUUUUCAUUCUCCUGGGUUUCCCUGGCCGUCAGUAUCUGAAAAUAUUAUUGUUCAUGGUUUUUCUCAUCACAUACAUUUUGGUGAUCCUGGGAAACUUUUCCAUCAUGGCCUCAGUGAGAAGCCAUCCACAACUUCAUAGCCCUAUGUACUUUUUUCUCUGCAACCUCUCCUUCCUGGAGAUUUGGUACACCACAGUUUGUGUCCCCAAAGCAUUAGCAGUCCUCCUGGGUGGAAACUCAACUAUUUCAUUUGCCAGUUGCUGUCUACAGAUGUACUCUGGUUUCUCUGUGGCCUGCACUGAGUAUUUUCUCCUGGCUGCCAUGGUGUAUAACCGUUGUUUGGCAGUCCGCUUCCCCUCAGCUUGCAACUCCGUCACUAAUUGCACACUUACAACUCAACUUGCUUUUGGAUUUUUGUGCAUAAUCAUACCUACAUAUAUGAUUAGCAUAAUGUCUUUUUGUGGCCCUAAUGUUAUUAAUCACUUUUUUGAUGACACAGCUCCAUGGAUAGUUCUUUCUUGCACAGAUACUUGUCUUGUUGAGUUGAUAGCUUUCAUAAUCUCAUUCAUUGUCAUCCUUGGUUCAUGUACAAUAACCCUGGUGGCGUGUGGAGUCAAACUCUAUAACCCAGGUAAGGUUAUAAAGCAUGUAUGUUUAUUACAGCUCAGGGUGGAAGGAGGAUCACUCCUCCUAACUUGCACACUGAGAAAAGCAAACUAAGCAAAAAAGACUUUUUCCAUGUGCUCUUCCCAUCUUACUGUUGUGGUUUUUGGUAUGGUUUCACCAUUUUGUUCUCUGUCAACCCUUCCAUAAAGGACUCACUAGAUUUGACUAAGACUGCCGAUUUACUUAAUACUAUUGUCACACCUUAGUUGAAUCCUUUCAUUUAUAUUCUGAGGAACAAAGAGGUGAAAAAUGCUUUGAAAAGAACAAUACAACUUGACUCACGGGGUAGAACUGUGACUGGUACUCAAAAUAUGGUAUUAUGUUUCAUGGAUUUUUUUUUGUUACUUUGAGUACUAUGAGUUGUUCUUGGAGAUAUAAGUAAGGCCGACACAUAUACUGCAGAAAAUUGCAUGGACAAAAUGUGG